CAAGUUACGCCACCAUAGAUCACAAAAUUAACGAGGAAUUUCACCUUUAGUUAUUCGACCAAUGAGAAGAAGCGUUACAGAUUCGUGAAUCACGUGACUUCAGGUGUUUGAUGUAAACCGCGUCCGACCUAUCUAUUCAGGAAAUCAUAGACAUAUUUUACUAGAAGAGUGAUCACUGCACAUCCGUCAAGAUGCCAGCGGCGUCAAACACAGAGGAUGAAUCUGGUUUAGUUGCGGUUCGAACAUUGCAGAACAAUCUCGACAGACUUCAAGAUGCUACUGAUGCCCCGGACAGCGAGAUAGAUUUUCUGAGCAAGCUUCUAUCAGACCCAAUUCUUCAAUCUAUUGUUGAUACCCAAGAUAAGCUUGAAGAUCAACCAGAAGUGCCGGCAAAUGUUCAUGCUGGGAAGUUGGUGACAGAUGUGUACAAUGCCCUUGGGGAUUUGGUUGGCACAAACAGAAAUGCUGAAGAAUUAGAUAGACUUUUGUCUGAUACACAUUUUAAGGCUAUAUUAGAUGCCCAUGAUGACAUUAUUGACAGAAAUUUCGAGGAGAUUCCGGCUGUAGAAGAUCAGCCAAUAUUCCAGGAACAAGAUCAGGGCGUCUUUAACACAGUAAAUGACCAAAUUCGAUUGGUUGGAAUCAUGAAGAGUGAUACAGAACCUUUGGGUAUUACUGUUAAGAUAGAUGAGACAGGGGACUUAACUAUUGCAAGAAUCAUGGCAGGCAGUAUGAGUGAUAAAUUAGGGUUGUUACACGUUGGAGAUAUAAUUAAGGAGGUGAAUGGAAUCCCAGUGUUCACACCUCAACAGUUGAUGGAUAUCAUUAGAAAUGCGGACAGAAGUAUUACACUGAAAAUAGUUCCCACAUACAUUGAGCAACAUCAUACAUCACAGAUGUUUUAUAAAGCUCACUUUAACUACAAUCCACAAAAUGACCGACUUAUACCUAGCAAGGAGGCGGGUUUAGCGUUCCAGGACGGAGAUAUUUUGCACAUCUAUAAUCAUGAUGAUUCCAACUGGUGGCAGGCACAGAUUGUGGGUGAUGAAACAAACCGUGUAGGUCUUAUUCCAUCCAAGAACCUUGAGGAGAACAGAAAGGCCUUUGUCAGAUCAGACAUGGAUUACUCAAAAAGCAGUUUAUUAUGUGGUUUAAAAAGAAAAAAGAAAAAGAAGAUCAAAUAUAGCACUACUAAUAACAAAGACUAUGAUGCAGCUGAUCUUGUUCUGUAUGAGGAAGUUACGAGAAUGCCUCCGUUCCAGAGAAAGACACUUGUUCUUGUAGGGGCCAAUGGUGUGGGACGUAGAUCUUUAAAGGAGCGACUAAUAAAAUCAGAUCCACGGAGAUUUGCAUCAGCCCUUCCGCACACAUCACGUCCACCACGUGAGGGAGAAGUCCACGGAAAGAAAUAUUUCUUUACCGAUCGUGAAACGAUGGAUAUGGAGAUACAAAAUGACCUUUACUUGGAGUUUGGUGUAUUCAAUGGCAAUUUAUACGGCACAAAACUAGAAACUAUUCAUGAUACAAUACGAUCAGGAAAAAUGUGUGUUCUGGACGUUAACCCCACAUCAUUGAAAGUGCUAAAGAAUCCAGAGUUCAUGCCAUACAUCAUUUUCAUAGCUGCACCAAGUGCAGAGGCAUUGAUGGUAAUGUACGAGGACGGACGAAGGAAAGGGGUCGGACGUGGUAUUGCUGGACCUGGAACAAUAGAUUUUAAAACUGAGGAAGACUUCUUGAAGAUUAUUGAAGAGUCGGCACAAAUUGAAAAAGUGUAUAAGAGUUGUUUCGAUAUGACAAUAGUGAAUGACAGUUUUGACGAAACUUUCAGGGAAAUUCGACAGAUUGUUGAUUCUUUAAGUACAGACACACAGUGGGUACCUGUCAACUGGGUUUACUAAAAAGCAAAUUAAACACUCAAAAAACUGAAAUGGUAAUGAAAGGGGAAAUGCAAAGCUGGGAACCAAAAUGAUAUCGUGGUUGUUAGCAUAUGUAAACCAGUCUGUGAAUUUAGGUACCUUAUUCAAAGGUUUUGAAUCUGGCAACCUGAAUGGUCUGGUAGUCAUAAUGUAAUAAAACUAAACUUGAGUUUUUAUAAGGAAUACAGGUGGUAAGAAAUUUGGGAACCAGGGAAUUCACUGUCAAACUAUAAUGAAAUCUUUUAAAAUGAAAAAUAAACAAAAAGUUUUUUUUCCCCCAUUAUUUGACCAAAGUUCAUUUUUGAUACUGUCCAUGCCCCACCACCCCUUGAAUGAAGUGUUUUAUAAAUCCCUUUUGUUUUUUUUGGCAUUUUUUCCUCUUAAUAUAUUUUAUAUACCAGAUGAUUAGUACUUCCAGACUUUGCAGGUUUUCCAAAGGCCUUUUAAAUAGAGCAUUCCAUAUUUAUGCAAUUUGUUGUAAAGAUUGUUAUAUAUGUGUACAUUAUGUUAGAUAUACCAUUGUCAUUUACCUACAAACAUACUGUAUAUACCAUACAAAUCAUUGAAAUUUAGAACUUAUCUCGACUAUUCAAAGUGUAGGGAGAACUAUUGUACUCACCCUGGCAUCGAAGUUAUUAUCACACUGGUUAAGACUUUGCAUGCAAGUUGAUAUCUCCAAAACUGCGGAAGGGAAUUGGUUUAAAUUUCAAGUAUUUAUUAAAGAGCAUAAUAGAAGAUCACUAUCAAAGGCCCAUUACUAUGGCAUGGAUUUUGACAGAAUAAUGACCAUUUUUAAACUUGAAACUUCUACAUAAUCCAGGCUCUUGUUUUAAUAUCAAACAGUGCGAAUAGUCGAGCAUGCUGUCCUACAUACAGCUUUUGUUUUUUAUUCAAGUUACAUCACUUUCCUGUCAAUGUUUAUAAAUGUAUUUAAUUUGAAGCUCGGUAAUGAUAGAAACUAUACACUUUUGUAGACCUCGCAAUCAGUAUCUUUGAGUAUGCCUUGUGGAAUUAUCAUUAGUACCUAUUAGUCACUAUAGAAUUUCAAGUUUUUGGUUUUAGGAAAUAUUUCAAUUUGCUCAGCAAUUCAAGAUUGACUACAUGUAUUUUGUUUGAUUAUUUUUACAGUCAUGAUCUUCCUUUAAAAUCUAGCAUGAAUCUAAGAUAAAGAAAUUUAAAAAAAAGGGAUGUUGAUUUCCUUGACAUAAGACUCAAGGUCAUAUACCUGUGAAACAUUUGAACUCUUUGGUGAGAAAUCCCUUCUUUUUCAUGUAAAUAACUAAAAUCUUAUUAAUCUUAUGACAAAUACAUAUUAAUAUUCAUGUGCAUUAUAAAUUCAUUUCGUGACAUUAGACAAGAAACGAACAAAGUUGUAUGAUACAAAAUACUUGACAAGACAUUUGUUGUUAAAUUGUAUAACUAGAACACAGCAAAAGUUUAUAUGAUAAGUGAUGUUCCUUGAAAAAAUAACAUGUUUUUCUCAGCUGCAAUUUUUACGCUUUUUUGCCAUACCAUUUACCCUUGCUCAUCUGUUGUUUAUAAUUUCAUGCAUAACCAAAUUAUGUUUAUGUUGUGUUCAAAUUUUAUGUAUAUCACUUCAUUGUAUGGACAUAUUAUAAAUUAUAUCAAAGUGUUAACUGAAAACUCUACCCAUUCCAGUGGUUUAAGUUUAUGAAAUAUUUCUCAUUGGUGCAUUAUUAAAUAUAUUUUCCCAAAUUUUAUCAUCUUACCAUUACUUAGUGAGAAUAUAUUUUAAAUCAUAAUCUUUUCAUGUACUAUUAAAUUCAAAAAACCUGUUUCUUUUCUAGCAAUAAGGGUGCCCUAAGACCGAAAUGGUAAAGGUGACAGACUUAGAGUCUUGUGUGCCUCAGCAGUGUGGGUUUGAAUCCUACUGGAGACAUUGAAAUUUUGUUAUGUUGGAAAAUACAGGCUUUUAUGCUGAUAUGCAUACAGUUAGUUUUUCUUCCAACUUAACCUAAGAACUAUGAUGCUUUUAAGGGUAUCUUCAGAUAUUCUUUCCUUACUAAGCUAAAUUCUAAUGUAGAUGUGACAUAGAAUUGAACCAACCAUUUUUCAUCAUGAUUUUUGAAAAUGCCAUAAAUUUAGACACUACUUUGUUUCUAGUACGAAGAAGGGCCAUAAUUUUUAAAAAAUGUAAUUUUAUUAAGAAAGGAAAAAAUACAUUGUAUUUUCUUGCUAGUAUAAAUAUAUUGGCCCUUAUCUUUUUAAGAAACACAUGCACACACAAAAUUGCAAUUGUUUGAUCUAGUUAUGUACAUUGAGGUAAUUAUAUCCGUCCUAGAUUGUUAAUGUUACAUGAAGAUUUAUUGUAUAAAGAAAGGUGAUAUACCGUGCCUCAUAUUUUUCUAUUUCGAUGUAAAUGAGGCAGGAAAUCUUGCCUCGAAUUGGGCCUACAUGUAUCUGAUUAUUAUGAAUAUUGUAACUCUGAAAAUAUAUGAAUUGAGAUGAAUAUCAAAUAUUCCAUUAAUUUACACUGAUUAUGUAGUAAUUUUUAUGUUAAAUUACUAAGAUUUUUGAAACACUUUUUAAGUCUAAAAUUUAUGAUUGCUGUGGAAAUAUUUAAGAUAUGUAGAAUUUGAUGUUUUUAGUGCAGUAUGGAGCUCUGCUAUCACAGCAGAUUUGUAACUUCAUAUUGUUAUGUUUUUUAUAGACCCAAGAACAUUUUGUCAUUUAACAUACAAACAUUUCUGUUGUGACCUUCAUGUAAAAUUUUCCUACCUUUAUUUUGUAAAAAUGUUUGUGAUUACUUGGAUAACAAGAUAAAUAUUCAGGUAUUUAUGACUCUAGCAGAAUGGAAAUUGUAAUUACGUCAGAAGAAAAAAUAAUCAAGGUAUGUUAUUCAGAUGCAUGUUAAAGUGUUCAAUAUCCCAGGCAUAUGCACCUGUAAGUGGAUAUUAUUUCAGGUAUAUGCCACAAGUUACUGGAAAAUAUCCCAGGUAUAUACCCCCAGUAAGUUGAAUAUAUUUGAAGCAUAUGCCAUCUCUAAAGUGGUAAAAUAUCUCUGGCAUAUGCCAUCUGUAAUUGCUAAAUAUCCCAAAAAUAUGUCACUUGUAAAUGGUAAAGUGUCCUUAUUUAGGUAAAGAAUGUAACUUUAUAUGCAUAUGAUCAAAUAUAUUUGUUAAUGCCAAGCCUUGCAAUUUAUAUUCAUUGUUGCAUGCAUUUGAAUACUGAAAGUGCAUAGGAGUUUUUUCAGUGGUUAACAUUUUUAUAUCUUUUUAUAGAAAAUAUUGUUAUUAUGUUUUAAUCAUAUAGAAGGUGUAGAUGGUAAUUAUGAUGUUGAUUUAUAAAGUUUUUUUUAUAUUGAAUUAAAAUAAUAAUUGUGAUAAAAACUAGUUAACGAAUCAUGACACUGUUAAAAUAGUUAGUCUGAAUUUAGUUGCCAUGGUGACAGACUAUUUUGUUUGCAUUUUAAUCUUUUAUCUGAUGAAUUUGUGUAACUGACUCCGAGUUUUAGAUUUUUCACUUUCAAAAUAUUUAAAUGAAGAAGCCAGUAUAUAACAUGUGGUCAGUUUGUCAUACUGACAUAUGUCUCAGGCUUGCCCUAUACCAAUCUCUAAAACAGGUGAAACUGAAUAUCAUAAGCCUUUGCCACCAGAAUUGAGGUAGGCUAGUUUGCAUUUCUGAACAGGCUCUAUAUUGUUGGUAGCUCAAUUCAAAGCUGGACAAAUCCAAUACAGAAAUUCAGUGGGUAGAAGUCACCUUGUUAGGUGAUACAGUAAAUCAGUAAUACAUGCUCGCUUACCUGUAUACUGGUGGUGAAGUCAUGAUGCUAGCGCUCCAGGGUUAGAUAAAUGAUUGAAAGUAGACGCAAUAGUCUUUCAUUGCGGUGACAGUUUGUUGUAAAGUUGCAUGAUUAAAAUGUACUAUAGGUUCUAUUUUGUGUAAUCAUAUAUGAAAUAUAUUUUGUACUUUUUUGUUGUAAACAUAUACACAUGUAUACAUAUACAUAUAUAUUUUACAUUUUACAAAGUGGUGAUUGAAUAACCUAACAUAGAUGUUCGAAUUUAAUUGAACAGUUAUCUGCUAUAAUAAAUAUAGAUGAAAAUCAGUCCUAACAAAAUAUUGCUCAUAAACAACUAUAAAUGUGUAUAAAAGCUACUUCUGCAAUCAAUUCUUUUUUGUUGAAAUUGAGUUUUUAAAACUUCUCACCAAAAUACUAAGCCGAUUUUUUCAUAUUGUUAGGUUCUACUGUCCUUGCUUUACAAAUUAGUUUACAAAUACGUCCUAUAUUACAUAUCUUGUCAUCAUGUCCAGAACUCACUCUGUGCCUUUAAUUUCAUGUUAUUUAUAUCAGUCUUUGACACACAUUCACAUGUUAACUUCAGUUCUUCAGCCAUUAUCUUCUUCUCUUUUAUUUAGGUGAGCAAACGAUUAUUCCACUUUCAUUUUCAUUUCUGUUAUCAAUACAGCAAACCCAUUCUAUUUUUUGGAUAUUAAAAAUUUCGAAAUAAAUAUUAUAAUUUGU